AUGCCUCUGCCUCUGAGCCCGCGGGAGGUGCUCCGGGAGCACUGCCGAGCCGUCCCUUUCACACAGGUGCUGUCCCGGCCCGGCUGCGCGCCUGUCCGCGUCCGCAACCGCCUCUGCUUCGGCCGCUGCGCGUCGCUCUACGUGCCCGGCCCGGGCCCCGCGCCCCGCGCGCUCUGCAGCCGCUGCCGCCCCGCGCGCCAACGCCGCGCCCCGCUCGUGCUGCGCUGCGGGACGGGCUCCCCGGGCUCCCGCCGGCGGCUGAAGACGCACACCGUGCUGGUGCAGGGGUGUCGCUGCGCCCCCAGCGCCUGAGCCGAGCUGAGACAGGCCCCGUGCACGCCUCGAAGUCGGAAACUCUUCCCGCCUGUGCCCCCACCCCCGCCCGCCACGCCGCACCAGCGGCGCGCCCCAGUUCCCGGGGUGGGGGGCGGAAGGGGAGAGCCCCCGACUCAGACCAUCUCCCGCCCAGGGUGCCCCCCUGGCCCGGAGCUGGGCAUUGGACGGAGAAUGAUUCUCCUUGUAAGGAGGGGGGUCGCCCCAUUUACAGAGGGGGAAACUGAGGUCCAAAGCAAAAUCAAGGGCUGGGGUCUCUGGGGAAGGAAAAGGAGGGGUGCGUGGGAACCCGAGAGAUCCAUCUCCACCUUCCACCACCAGGACUCAACCCGUUUUUAGAGUCAGGUUUCCCUGCCCCAGACUUGGAGACGUGGGGUAACUCUGACCCAGAGACCCCGAGAAACAGACAGGGGGAACAGAAGCUCCCUCAAUUGGGCAGACACAGGGCAGCUCCGACCCAGGG